AGCUUCCUGAGAGCUGGGCUGAUAUGCAGGAGCCACUGCUUGAGGGGAUGUGCUUCACACUCAAGUAUCUAGGCAUGACGCUGGUAGAAAAACCCAAAGGAGAAGACAUGGCUGCUGCUGCCAUCCGCAGGAUCAUGGCCACGGCACGGGUGGGAGCUCGCAAGUUCCAGAAGGUGAUUCUGACAGUGUCUCCAAGGGGCAUCUCGCUGCAGGAUGCAGACACAAAGGAGAUGGUUGAGAACAUCUCCAUCUACAGGAUCUCGUACUGCACAACAGACAAACUGCAGAACAAAGUCUUCGCUUAUGUUGCCCAGAGCCAGGAGAGCGGGGCGCUGGAGUGCCAUGCCUUCCUCUCACCCAAGAAGAAGAUUGCUCAGGCUGUGACUCUGACCGUGGCCCAGGCCUUCCAGAUGGCACUUGAUCUCUGGGAAGCAGCACAUGCAGGAGGAGGAAGAUGAGGAGGAAGAUAAUGUCGGUGAAACCUUAUCUAGGAGGCCUUGCUUGGGGUGUGAUGGGUGCUCUGUUCUCUUACAAAGCAGCAUGGAGGAGCUGGGGAGGAGAGCCCACAGCCCAGCAG